AUGACAACCUACAACGGUGCAGUCAGUAGGUGUUCUUUAGACGGGGGAACCCUUGCCAUACCCCGGGACAGCACUACCAACGAGUUCCUCAUGGAUCUAAAAAAUGGCGUCGACCGCAACGCUUAUUUCCGUUUUGGACUGACUGAUGUCCACCAGGAGGGAGUUUGGAUGUGGGACGAUGGCGUUCCUCUGGGCGACUUCAGAGCUUGGAGUCCAGGACAACCCGACAACGCAGGUGAUAACGAGGACUGUGCCGAGUACUGGCCCCUAACGAACACAUGGAACGAUGGACAAUGUACCUUCGCUGACAGGAAGUUCAUCUGCCAACUCUCUCAAUUAG